UCCCUGCCUUUCACACCCUACCUCCCCUUAAGGCCUGUCCCAGUUGUGUUCCCACAUCCCUUCCCUUCCCACCUAGUCUGGUAGCUACCAUGAAUCCCUCUGCAGCUGGCAGAAAAGACUUCUGGAACAGGCUGUACCUGUGGCUGGACUGGAAACAGCGAUGCCAGACUGGGAUGGAACAAAGACAGGUAAUGAAAUCCUUUCCAGUUUGCCCCUGCAGAUGGCUCUCUACUUCAACGUGUAUUACUUCCCUUUUUGGUGGCUCAGCACAGUUGUCAUGCUCUGUCUGAAGUACCAAGCCUUGUCAGACUACUGCAAGUUCAUCCUGGUCACCAUCGUGGUCCUGGGCUCUCUGAUCGAGGCCAUUCGGCUCUACCUGGGGUACAUGGGCAACCUGCAGGAGAAGGUGCCUGAGCUGGCUGGGUUUGGGCUGCUCAGCCUUCUGCUGCAGCUGCCUCUGGUUCUCUUCUUGCUGUUCAGCGAAGCCCUGCAGAGCCAGCCGGCCGAGCGUGCCCUCCAUGCCAUCUUUGCCCUCUUCCUUGUCUUCCAAGUCAUCACCACCUUUGUCACCCUCAGGAGCAUGGUCAACAAGCUGACCACUCACUUCCACCUGGCUGAAUUUGACCUGCUGGAGGGACAGUAUGGGCCUGAUGUUGACAGCCUGGGCCAAGGAAGGAGAGCAGCUCCCGUGGUUGGCAGAGGCCCCAGUGCCAGCUGGGCAUCACGUGCCUGAGGGUCUGAGAAGCCAACAAAGAGAGGCCUCUUGGUGCUGCAUUUUGUGGGCUCCUUCUUUCACCUCCUUGCUGCAGAGAGAUUCCAAAGUGGGCCUUGCUGGAGAGCCAAGAUGAAACCUCAGAGACUCCGAUCUGCAAGGAAGAUUGAAGCUGGUGCCAGCAGUGGAACAAAACUGGAAGUGGGGAGAUAGAGAGUGGAUGUGAGGAAGAAGCUUUUCCCCAUGAGGGUGGUGAGAGCCUGGCAGAGGUUGCCCA